AGGCGGCGGGGUGGGAGAGACUUUGAAUGACCGAGUUUGCGUCCACCUUUCUCUUCAUGUCGACGUCCCUGGAAACAGUCACACGGAUGCCAUGGUUACUUCUGCCACGAUCUUACAGGUGAACAAGGUGAUGUCCAUCUUGUUUUAUGUGAUAUUUCUCGCGUAUCUCCGUGGCAUCCAAGGUAACAACAUGGAUCAAAGGAGUUUGCCUGAAGACUCGCUAAAUUCCCUGAUUAUUAAGCUGAUCCAGGCAGAUAUUUUGAAAAACAAGCUCUCCAAGCAGAUGGUGGACGUUAAGGAAAACUACCAGAGCACCCUGCCCAAAGCAGAAGUCCCCCGAAAGCCGGAGCAGGGAGAGCCCACCAAGUCGGAGUUCCAGCCAGUGACUGCAAUGGACACAGAACUCCUGCGGCAACAGAGACGCUACAGCUCGCCCCGGGUCCUGCUGAGUGACAGCACCCCCUUGGAGCCCCCUCCCUUGUAUCUCAUGGAGGAUUACGUGGGCAACCCCGUGGCGGCCAACAGAACGCGGAGGAAGAGGUACGCGGAGCACAAGAGUCACCGAGGUGAGUACUCGGUAUGCGACAGCGAGAGCCUGUGGGUAACCGACAAGUCCUCGGCCAUCGACAUUCGGGGACACCAGGUCACGGUGCUGGGGGAGAUCAAAACCGGCAACUCUCCCGUCAAACAAUAUUUUUAUGAGACGAGAUGUAAAGAAGCCAGGCCUGUCAAAAACGGUUGCAGGGGGAUUGACGAUAAACACUGGAACUCUCAGUGCAAAACGUCCCAAACCUACGUCCGCGCACUGACGUCAGAAAACAAUAAACUUGUAGGCUGGCGAUGGAUACGGAUAGACACCUCCUGUGUGUGUGCCUUGUCGAGAAAAAUUGGAAGAACAUAAAUUGGCAUCUCUCCCCAUAUAUAAAUUAUUACUUUAAAUUAUAUGAUAUGCAUGUAGCAUAUAAAUGUUUAUAUUGUUUUUAUAUAUUAUAAGUUGACCUUUAUUUAUUAAACUUCAGCAACCCUACAGUAUAUAAGCUUUUUUCUCAAUAAAAUCAGUGUGCUUGCCUUCCCUCAGGCCUCUGCCAUCUGUUAAACCUUAUUUUGUGACCCGGCUCUCAGGAGCCGUUCUGCCGCUCUGUAAAAUCUGUGUACACCAGUAUUCUGCAUUCAGUAUUGUCAAGGCCAUGACUGUCGUUUUAGUAAACUUGUUAAAAUCAGAUGCUGUCAGAGUUGUGUGUAGACACAGUGAUGUCCCCCCUUCUGGUAUACUUCAUGUUUGAUUAGUUCAUUAAAUGCACUGUUACCACGUCCGUUGAAAUGAUACCCAGUAGCUUUGAGCUCCACACUUAAUUCUGGCCAGCAAGUUCACCAUCAAGGACUUGCUCUCUCCUUUCUCUGCUGUCACUUUUGCCAAUUAAAAUCAUGAUCUGCUCCAA